AUGGCAAAAGGCACUGCGUGGGGCAAGGCCGGCGGCUACCCGGGCGGCGGGUCCGGAAAAAACCAGCCGAGCCAGGGUGCUUGGUCCAAAGGUCGCGGAGGAGCGGCGGGCGGAGCCUGGGGCAAGGGCGACCAGGACAAGGGCUCCAAGGGCGAGAAGGGCGAGAAGGGCGAGAAGGGCGAGAAGGGCAAGGGCAAGCGCCCAUCACCCUGGAGCUUUGUGCCGCUUUGCUCAGAUGACGAUCCUCUUGGGCUUUGGCAGAUCUCCAACCAGGUGCCAAACGAAUGGGUCGAUCACAGCCAUGGUGGCAAACCUGCGCGGGAGAGGCUUCAUGUGACGUUUGCUCUCCGCAUGAACAAGAUCGAUCACUUAGACCGCCUGGAGCAGGUGUGUGGCAACUCGGCGCCUGUCGAGUUGAAAGUGAAGGAGUUCUUUUUGUCCCACGUUGACCGAAUAAGGGACGCUGAGGUCUACUGCAUAGGAGUAGCCUUUGAGUCGCCUGGACUUCGGGCUCUCAAGGACACCUGGUUGCAGGGAGAGCCUGACGAGGGCUCUCGGCGAAGCCAUGAUCCGUACCCAACUAGCGAUGGGCACGUCUCCUUGGCCUACAUUCAGGCAUCUGCUUGGCAACAGGCCAAGGACUUUGUAGAUGCAAACAGGACCACUUUGGAAGGGCGAAGCUUCAUGGUGGAGUCCAUCGCUUACGAGGACGAGCGGCGGGAGAAGUCUCAUCUCCGCCUCGCUGGAGAAGAAGGUCCACCGGCCAGUGUGCCUUCGCAAGGCAGCAGGACUGCCGGAGCAGCUGCUGCGGCAUCGCUUCUCGAGGUUGAUGGUUCCGUGCUUGAGGGUGGAGGGCAGAUCCUGCGCAAUUCUCUUGGAUAUGCUGCGAUCCUGGGCUAUCCAGUGCGCAUCACAAAGAUUCGGGCUGGCCGGAAGACGCCAGGUCUUGCGGCCCAGCACUUGGAGUCCUUCAAGCUGGUGCGUGACUUGACAUCCGCAUCCUUGCAGGGCGACAAGGUUGGCUCCUGUGAAGUGACCUUCACACCCAAGAAGACGAAGCAGGGCAGCUUCUCCACCAACCCAAAGACCGCUGGUGCCAUCACCCUGACGGUCCAGGCUGGGCUCAUGCCGCUGGCCUUUGCCGGUGGAACCUCUGAGGUGGAGAUGCGAGGGGGGACUGACGUUGAUUUCUCUCCGCCUUUCGACUUCAUGCAGAGAGCACUGAUACCUGUGGUUGGGCGGAUGGGCGUCAAAGUUACGGCCCACUGCCUUCACCGCGGUUUCUUUCCCACCGGAGGUGGCCUCGUGAAUCUCUAUGUUGAUGGCUUGGCAGGAUCCCUGAAGCCCAUUGUGAUAGACAAGAGAGGCCAUGUCACGAAGAUUGAGGCCGUCUGCUAUGCCACUCCACCCAGCGGUUGGUUGGAUGAGGAGGACGUGACGAGGACCGAGGAGGACUUCGAGCCAUGGCUGUUGGAGGAGCUGGCUGACAAAGGAGCUCCAAAACCCAAGGUGCAGGUUCGCUGCGAGGCCGAGCAAAUGCCUGAAGGGCAGAAGGUGUUCAAGGCAUCCUUUGGCAUCCUUGUAGAGAUGUCUGGAGGAGGUGUGUUCCACGCAUCCGGUGGCCCACUCGAUGGACCGAAGGGCCGUGGCUCCCUCUACGAUGUGUGGGGCGCUUGUGCAGAGAAGGCGCUGGUGCCACUGAAAGCGCAGCUGAAAACUGGGGCAGCUCUGGACGAACACCUGCUGGACCAGCUGAUCCUCCCUGCUAGCCUAGCAGCAGGAAGCUCGCGACUGUUAGGCUCCAAGGAGCUGACUCUGCAUGCACAGACGGCUCUGCACAUAGCGGAGAAGAUGGUGCCGGGCGUGAACGUCAAGGUAUCAGCUCAGGAAGGUCUGAAGCUCGUAGAGAUCACCGGAGUUGGCCGUAAGCCUGGCGAUUCGCCCGUGUCACCUCCGGGCGACUCGCCCGGUGCAUCGACCCUCCGGGCAGCGCUUCCGCCUGGCACGCUCAGCAAAGCGCCCGAGCAGCUCCGAGUCGACCUUCGCGGGGACUUGGGCCACUUCUCUGCCAUGCAGGGCGUCCGCGCAGAGGCGGAGGUCGGUGGCGACUGCAUCUGCAUCCAGGGCUGCGAAGGCCCCGACCAUGCCGUGCGACUGCGCAAGGAGCUGGAGGCCGUUUGCAGCUACUACGGUUUUCCAGCUCCUCGCUGGAGUUGA